AGAGGUGGAUCCUGCGCUGCUGUGUGAUUUCACUCAUUAUUCCUUUGGACAAUGCUGCGAGUAAGAUGUCUGAGAGGAGGUAGCAGGGGGGCCGAAGCUGCCCAUCUGAUCGGAGCCAUGCUUGGCCGGUCACUCACUGGCUGGGUGCAGAGAGCCUUUGUGAGCACUUCCAGUGCAGCAGCUGCACAGCCACAGCGUGCAGCUGAAGAGGAACACGUUACUGAGCCUGUUCAGCAGGAAUGUCCUGUCUGCAGCUACAAUGAAUGGGACCCCCUUGAAGAGGUGAUUGUGGGUCGAGCCGAAAAUGCCCAUGUGCCUCCCUUCACUGUGGAAGUGAAAGCAAACACAUAUGAGAAGUAUUGGCCCUUCUACCAGAAGCAUGGGGGCCAGUCUUUUCCUGCGGACCACUUAAAAAAAGCUGUUGCUGAGAUUGAAGAAAUGUGCAAUAUUCUGCGUCAUGAAGGUGUCAUUGUGAGCAGGCCAGAGCCCAUUGACUGGUCCUUGGAGUACAAAACUCCAGAUUUCAACUCAACAGGAAUGUAUGCUGCCAUGCCUAGAGACAUCCUCCUAGUUGUGGGAAAUGAAAUCAUUGAGGCUCCGAUGGCCUGGAGGGCUCGUUUCUUUGAGUAUCGUGCCUACAGGCCUUUGAUCAAGGAGUACUUCAGAAAAGGUGCCAAAUGGACCACUGCUCCUAAACCCACCAUGGCUGAUGAGCUGUAUGAUCAGGACUACCCCAUCCGUACAGUGGAGGACAGGCAUAAGCUGGCUGCCCAGGGGAAGUUUGUGACCACAGAACAUGAGCCCUGCUUCGAUGCUGCUGACUUUAUUCGAGCUGGGAGGGAUCUUUUUGUCCAGAGGAGUCAGGUUACAAAUUACAUGGGAAUUGAGUGGAUGCGACGUCAUCUGGCUCCAGAUUACAAGGUCCACAUAAUCUCAUUCAAGGACCCGAAUCCCAUGCACAUCGAUGCCACAUUUAACAUAAUCGGUCCAGGGCUGGUGCUAUCAAACCCUGAUCGCCCAUGUCGCCAGGUUGACAUGUUCAAGAAGGCUGGUUGGACUGUUGUGAAACCUCCAACACCUCUGAUUCCUGAUGACCACCCACUGUGGAUGUCCUCUAAAUGGCUGUCCAUGAAUGUCCUGAUGUUGGAUGAAAAACGUGUUAUGGUUGACGCCAAUGAAGCUACCAUUCAGAAAAUGUUUGAGAACCUCGGUAUCAAGACCAUAAAGGUGAAUAUUCGUCAUGCCAACUCCCUGGGUGGUGGCUUCCAUUGCUGGACAACUGAUGUGCGCCGCCGUGGUACCCUGCAGUCCUACUUCCAAUAACCUUGCCAGAAAUAGGCAGUUUUUAUUGAGCUUUAAAAACUAGAGCCACAGUCCGGAAUCUUUAAUGUUAAUCACUGAAUAAUGUGGAGACACAAGAAGGGUUAAAAAAAGAAAAAGAAAAAAAAAGAAGUCUGCUGUGUUGCAAUUUCAAAGCCUUUCUACGGAAAUAUGAUUAUUUCAAAUGUGUGACUCUUCAAAUCUGUGUGGGUACUUUACGUAGGGCCUUUUCCGGACUGUGCCUUCGUGUCUUAAAUGAAGAUUUUUGAAUGAUUUUGAUUUGACAUCGUUGUAGACAGCUUUAUUCAGAGUUAAAUGGUACAUACAUGCUCGAUUAUCAACAUGUGCUCGUCACCUUGCGCCUGUCAGUAUUCUCAAUAUUAACUGCAUUUCUGGCCUGGCUUAUUGUGAAGCUAAAGUGUUUAUGGCUAAUGCAUCUAAAAGCCAAAGCUUUGAGGACAAGGUACAAUUUGGUAUGUGGGUGUCAUUAACUAUAGGGCACAGGAGGUGUGAAGCUACCUCCUCAGGGGGCUUUUCACUAUACUGACUUCUGCCUCCUUGCAUCCUUUUUCCUCUCCUGUGAUCUGGAGGCUUCGCCUUCUACAAUAUCAUGGAAUUCCUUGCAGUCUUGUAAAUGCAGUUUUUAAGUUUAGAAGAGCUGGGGGAGGAGAGAAGUAUCCUUCCUUUCCAACUGUAAGAGAAAUACACAUGUAGGAAGUGAGAAAGCAUGUUAAUAUAAUGAAAAGCUCCCUUCAAAACCACAAUUCUAUCUUUUUCCAAAUAAAAAACAAAAUCUUUUAUAUAAGGGUAUGUUUUAAGUGUUUAUGUAGGUCAUGGAACAAUUUCAACUUAUUAUCUCUUUAUUAUUUUGUUAAGAUUUCAAUUGAUUUAAGAGAAAAAGCUGUGCUUUUGCUUUUUACAUCUCUUUAUUGGAUUUCCCAGCAAUUACUGUUUUUAUAUAUUUACUUAAUACGAGGUCCAUAUCAGAUGUUGUAUACCUUUAGCCUCUGCUGUUUUCCUGUUGCAAAUCUGGGCCAGUUACUUGCUACCAGUCACACACUUGAGUGGAAAGCUAAAAAAAAAAAAAAAGAAAAAGAAAAAAAGGCUUUAUGAAUGAAAGAUGCUUUGAUGUGCAGAUGUUGUGUUUUAUAAUUCCUUUGCUGCCUGUAGAG